AUGUGGAGGCAAGUUUUGCUCUACUUCAGGACUCACAGCUACCAUACAGACAACUGUCAAGUAAAGGAGACCCUCCAAAAUGAAGAUGAAGAGGAUAUUAAAGCAGCACAGUGGAUUUUCAAGCAACCCAUGGGAUCGGAGCGAAUGGAGAUACGCAAACAGCAGAUGUCUGCCACCCAGGAGACCCCAGGCACGGCGCAGGCGCAGCUCGCUGCAGGGAAUCGGGGUUCCAAUGCCUGCUGCUUCUGUUGGUGCUGUUGCUGUAGCUGCUCGUGUCUUACUGUCAGAAAUCAAGAUGAGGAGAGAGCAAGAAGAUCAUCUCAUGAACUCCAAGCAGAAGGCAUUCCAAACUGUGAGGAAAGCCCUGCUCCUACUCUUGAAGAAGUAAAUGCCUGGGCUCAAUCAUUUGACAAGUUGAUGCUUACUCCAGCUGGCAGAAAUGCUUUUCGUGAAUUUCUACGAACAGAAUUCAGCGAGGAGAACAUGCUCUUCUGGAUGGCUUGUGAGGAACUCAAACAAGAAUCCAACAAAAGUGUCAUUGAAGAAAAAGCAAGACUAAUUUAUGAAGAUUAUAUUUCUAUCCUUUCUCCGAAAGAGGUCAGUCUGGACUCCAGGGUAAGAGAAGUUAUUAACCGAAACAUGCUGGAACCUUCGCAACACACCUUCGAUGACGCACAGCUUCAAAUUUAUACCUUAAUGCACAGAGACUCCUACCCACGGUUUAUGAACUCUGCUAUUUAUAAGGACUUGCUUCGGUCCUUAUCUGAAAAAUCCAUUGAAGCAUAG